AUGACGGAUCGCCAAACGCCUCCCCAGGAUCUCGACGCUGCUGAUCUUGUGAACCUUGCGUCUUCUUUACUGGACGUUGCCGAUGGGGACUCGGAGCUUCCAGAAGCAACAUUGAAUGCUGCUACUCUAGAUGCCGUCCAUGCAGCCAUUGAUGCUCGUCUUGAGCUUGAUGCAGACAUGAUUUCAACCGAUACUUUAUCACUUGAGCUACCAAUAGAGCCACCACUAGAGCCAAUAGUAGAGCCAACAUCAUCCAUCAGCAGUUUGAAAGACCCAAUGAUAAGUGACCUUGAAUAUAGCGUUGAUGAAGCAUUAGAACUGGUGAAACAACAGCAAGAAAAGGUGAUAAAGGAGGUUUUGGCAUGCCAAGUGGUCUUUAUCCCGCUUUACAUUGUGCAUCGUCCCAAAAUCAUGUUAUGCGAUGUAAAUCGCUUUCAAUUUAUGCUCGAGAGCGUAUCGGACUUGGCCGACGCAUUGGCGGCUCGUGGAUCGCGUCUUGUGGUUGCUCGAGGAGACGGCUUACAAGUAUUACGGAGAUUGUUACCAGCCUGGCGCAUCACGCACCUGUUCUUUGACGCAGCAAGUGAACCUUUUUCUAUUGACCGAGACAAACGUGCAGUGGCUUUGGCGAUACGACUGGGUAUCAAAACACAAGUCACGCACGGAUACACGCUUUACGACUUGAAUAACGUUAUUGCAGAGAACGGAGGAGAGCCACCUAUAACGUACACGGCUUUUCUGCGGGCAUUGGCCAUGCAGCCAAUGCCUCCAAAGCCUCUACCGACACCGGAACAAGUACCUGCUCCUGCUUUCUUGCCAAGCGAAUUGUAUCAGCAAGUUGUGGACUACGAGACGAAUCGUGUCAAGUCUGACAGAGACGUGCUGCAGUCAGACGCGAAGGAGGAAAAGGCGGAAGACGAAGAAGAGAUAGACGACUCCAAAGACAUAGCAAAGUACCUUAAAGAAAUUGCGGGCUCUGAGCAGCAGUUUACAAUCCCCGAGGUGACGGAAUUUGGCUACGAUGUACCCGAGCGGCACCCAUUUAUCUACGGCGGUGAGCAAAUAGCGCUGAGCAUUCUCCGUACUUACUGUCGUAAUGAAGGUCGUGUGGUUAAGUUCGAGAAGCCUAAGACGUCUCCAGCACAGACGACACCUUCUGCGUCGACAACAUCGCUAAGUCCGUUCUUAUAUUUUGGUUGCAUCAGUCCACGAACAUUCUUGCACCACGUACGAGGCAUUCAAAAACACCACGCCAAGGCAAUAUCAGCUACACCUGUGAGCUUGGACGGCCAGCUUCUUUGGCGUGAAUUCUUUCAUUGCCACGGUCUUGCCAAUCGAUAUUUUGACAAAAUGGAGGAAAGCCCUACAUGCUUGCAAAUUGACUGGAGAUGGCACAAAAUUCCAGAAAAGGAAGAAGAUAUGACUGAUGACGACAAGCUUGCGCGCUCACAAUUAAAGGCAUGGACAGAUGGCCAAACUGGUUGCCCUUGGAUCGACGCCAUCAUGAUCCAGCUUAAGGAAGAAGGUUGGAUGCAUCAUCUAACGCGUCACUCGGUUGCAUGCUUACUUACUCGUGGCGAUUUAUAUAUUUCUUGGGUCCGUGGACUUGAAGUUUUCCAAGAACGUCUUAUCGAUCACGACUGGAGUAUCAACGCUGGCAACUGGCUUUGGCUUAGCAGUAGCUAUUUUUUCACAGCCUACUUCCGGGUAUACUCCCCGUCAACGUUUGGAAAGAAAUGGGACCCGACGGUCUAUUUAUCCGCAAAUACGUGCCGGCACUGA